GUGCCAGUUCAUGGUCCAUUCACUCAACCUCUUGGGUUCCUCUUUCCAAACAAUCGACCCAUUUGACCGGAGAUUCGCCCCCGGACCAUCACCCUCCCCCAUCCGUUCAUCCGAUCAUCAUCCUGUGGCCAUACCUUGAGAGAAAGAAAGCCAAGAAGAGGGCUGGCUUGAAGAUGGUGGUCCGAUCGUACGAGGACGAGUGCCAAUUCCUGGAAAAACUCGGUCCCCACACGUGGAAGAUCAAGUCCGGCUUCCAGCCCAACAUGAAGGUGGACGGCGUGUUCUAUGUCAAUGAGCAAUUGGAGAAGCUCAUGUUUGAGGAGCUCCGGAACGCGUGUCGACCCGGCAUGGUGGGCGGCUUCCUACCCGGGGUGAAACAAAUUGCCAAUGUGGCGGCCUUGCCCGGGAUUGUCGGUCGAUCUGUGGGAUUACCCGACAUUCAUUCGGGUUACGGCUUCGCCAUCGGCAACAUGGCCGCCUUCGACAUGGGCAACCCCGAGGCUGUGGUGUCUCCGGGUGGUGUGGGAUUCGAUAUCAAUUGCGGUGUUCGGUUGAUCCGCACCAAUUUGACGGAGAGGGACGUUCAACCCGUCAAAGAGCAGCUCACUCAAAGUAUAUUUGAUCACAUUCCCGUGGGUGUGGGAUCGAAGGGGAUCAUCCCCAUGAACGCCAAAGAUCUGGAGGAAGCCCUGGAGAUGGGGAUGGACUGGUCGCUCCGGGAAGGAUAUGUUUGGCCCGAGGACAAGGAGCAUUGUGAGGAAUACGGCCGAAUGUUGAAUGCAGACCCUAACUGCGUGUCAACCCGGGCCAAAAAGCGAGGCCUACCCCAAUUGGGCACUUUGGGCGCGGGUAAUCAUUAUGCCGAGAUUCAAGUGGUGGACGAGAUCUUCGACCCAUUUGCCGCCGGACAAAUGGGCAUUGAUCAGAAAGGUCAAGUGGUGGUCAUGAUCCAUUGCGGAUCCCGAGGCUUUGGCCAUCAGGUGGCCACGGAUGCUCUGGUGGCUAUGGAGAAGGCCAUGAAACGUGAUAAGAUCGAAGUCAAUGAUCGGCAAUUGGCGUGUGCCCGCAUCCAGUCAGAGGAAGGCCAGAACUACUUGAAGGGCAUGGCUUGUGCCGCCAAUUUUGCGUGGGUAAAUCGAAGUUCCAUGACCUUUUUGACCCGACAAGCCUUUGCCAAAAUGUUCAAAUCCGAUCCGGAUGACCUAGACAUGCACGUGAUCUAUGACGUUUCGCACAAUAUCGCCAAAGUGGAACAACAUCUGGUGGAGGGUAAGCCCAAAACCCUCUUGGUUCAUCGCAAGGGUUCCACUCGAGCCUUUCCCCCUCAUCAUCCAUUGAUCCCGGUGGAUUAUCAGUUGACCGGCCAGCCUGUUGGUUGCCUCGCCCAAAUUGGUGAUGGAGGAGGCUCCCGAAUCCUACAAGAACGUGACUGAUGUGGUGGACACUUGCCACGCUGUGGGCAUCAGCAAGAAAUGUAUCAAGCUCAGGCCCAUUGGUGUGAUCAAGGGUUAAAAAUUGUUCUCAGGAUUUUUAUAAAUUCAUCAAUGAUUGUUAUGUGAUAAAAGCUUUUUUUUUCUAA